CGUGUUUGGUCUCGCUCGCAUCGUCUGCUCUGAUGUGAACGAGCGAGUGCCAGUCAGUCAGUAAACCAGCCUUUCCUUUCCACUUUACCUCAUUAAACUAUGGUCUGAAGAGGAAACCAUGAAUCUCAGAGGCGUUUUUCAAGAUUUCAACCCUAGUAAGUUCCUGAUCUACGCCUGUCUGCUGCUCUUCUCAGUGCUGUUGUCCCUGAGGUUGGAUGGCAUCAUCCAGUGGAGUUACUGGGCCGUGUUUGCGCCCAUCUGGCUCUGGAAACUCAUGGUCAUCAUCGGGGCUUCGGUGGGCACUGGGGUUUGGGCUCACAACCCACAGUACAGGGCUGAAGGCGAGACGUGUGUGGAGUUUAAAGCCAUGCUGAUCGCUGUGGGGAUCCACUUGCUCCUGCUCACCUUCGAGGUGCUGGUGUGUGACCGUGUGCAGCGAGGCACACACUUCUGGCUCCUCGUCUUCAUGCCGCUCUUCUUCGUCUCGCCCGUCUCCGUGGCCGCGUGUGUGUGGGGAUUCAGACACGACCGCUCGCUCGAGCUGGAGAUCCUGUGCUCUGUGAAUAUCCUUCAGUUCAUCUUCAUAGCUCUGAGACUGGAUAGGAUCAUCAGCUGGCCCUGGUUGGUGGUGUGUGUGCCGCUGUGGAUCCUCAUGUCGUUCCUGUGUCUGGUGGUGCUGUACUACAUCGUCUGGUCUGUGCUGUUCCUGCGCUCCAUGGACGUGAUCGCAGAGCAGCGCCGCACACACAUCACCAUGGCCAUCAGCUGGAUGACCAUCGUUGUGCCGCUGCUCACCUUCGAGAUUCUCCUCGUUCACAAGCUGGACGGCCAUUACAACUCCAGCUACGUCCCGGUGUUUGUUCCUCUCUGGGUUUCCUUGGUGACUCUGAUGGUGACCACGUUUGGCCAAAAAGGGGGCAAUCACUGGUGGUUCGGCAUUCGCAAAGACUUCUGCCAGUUCCUGCUCGAGCUCUUCCCCUUCCUGAGGGAGUACGGCAACAUAUCCUAUGACUUGCACCACGAGGAGUCCGAGGUGUCCGAGGAGCUUCCCAUCCACGAGGUGCCCAAAAUCCCUCCCAUGUUUCGCAAGAAGACGGGCGUGGUGAUUACCCAGAGUCCUGGCAAAUACUUCGUGCCGCCACCCAAACUGUGCAUCGACAUGCCAGACUAAUGUUCAAGCCUCGCUCCUCGUUGGACUGUUCAUGUACAGUAUAGCACUAUGCACUUCAGGACGUCCCAUUAAGAUGAGGCUCUUCAUGUGUCUGAGCCGAGCUCGGGCACCGGCUCCUAAUCGUUCUGUAAACCAUAGCCUUGUGUCUGUAUAGUAGUUGAUGGGACCCGUUGCCUUCAGGAGAGGAUCGUUCAAACUUCCCUGACAACUCGAAGGACUCGCCACGAGAUUGUCUCGUCAGUAAAUACGCCAAGUGUUUCGCUUUUUUUAACAGGUGUCUUUCGUCUGUCUAUGAUUCGGUUAUUCCCUUGAGAACGCACGACCGCUCCUCGUUUCCGCUGUGAUCGAAAAGGCGCUGGGUGACGUGAAUCUGAAGCUGGAUUUCUUCAACGGAAACGUUUUCGACGCAGAAACUUCUGGACUUUCAUAAUUUACACUCAUGUGUAAUCGCGAGAGUGCAAAAUAAAAAGUAGGUCACCUUUAUUGAAAAUGCAACCACUAGCUAGGGCUCUGCGACGAUUCGUCGCAUCCAAAAUAAAAGUUUACGUAAUA